GUAGUAUUUAAAUGUUUCAGAUGAGGAAGUUAUUCUCCAUAUCAGUACCUGUCAGAGCCCAGUGAAACCAAGACCACCAUGAUUUCUCAUUUUGUCAUUCUGCUCCUUAUGAUAACAAAUGCAGGUUGUGUUCUUCAUACACCUCACACAGUGAAAUUCUCAUCAAAAAACCUGAUGACUUUCCUUACGUGGGAACCAGCCACAGGAAAUAGCAGUGAAACACUGUAUCAGGUGGAGUAUAAACUAUAUGGAGUUUCAAGAUGGAUACAGAAAAAAGAAUGUUGGAACAUCUCCUUGGUGCAGUGUGACCUCACAAAGGACAUAACGCAUAAGGGACACUUGAUGUGCGGCCGUGUGAGGGCUGUCAGUCACAGCACUGAGUCUGAUUGGGUGGAGGCCAAGAUGUCCAUUCCACAUAUGGACAUGACAUUUGAUCCUCCAAGAUUUCAUCUAGUUCCAGAGGCAAAUUCUAUGCAAGUGCAUAUUUACCCAUCUUUUGAGAACUACACAGACGUGGAGAAGAUGGAGUAUAUGAUUCAUUACAAACAAAGAAAUGGCCUUACAUUAUCUAGUAGGACAACAGCACUUCAUACUGACAGGAUGGAAGACCUGGUUCCUGGGACAGAGUACUGUGUUUCUGUGUCUUCCAAGAUCUGGAUGAGCCAUUCCCAGUACACCCAUCACGAUUACGAAUCAGCUGAGGGAGAGGCCUGCGCCUUCACUGACAAUUCCGCAUCCCUUCCCGGGAGAAGUACAGGAGAUCAGAGGCACCUGCAGCUGGUCAAGCGCUUGAGUGUGGGGUUAUUAAUCCCCCUACUGCUCAUAUCUGCACUGCUCCUCCUAACCCGGGCGUUCAGAUCCAUCUACCGGCCCCCGGCCCACCUUCCGCUCAACCUCAUUUUCACUGUGGAAGAGUGGAAAACACUGCAGAAGAAGGCUUACGUUGAUAUGAAACAGUAUGACGAUGACGCCGCGGACAGGAACACGAGAAGCUGGGUCCAGUCCAAGGCAAAGACCAACCUGUACAUCAAGCUCCAGCAGAGAACGCUAGUGUCAGAGCAACCGAUUGUAAACCCCUCUGACGAGCCUCUGAUGGGGUUCUCUACCCCGCCUCCUCUUCUGGAAGGUGUGCGUCACGUCCAGGCAUACGCCCCUCAGCUCUCCUCUCCAGCGGCUCAGUCUGAUGAGUCAUACGGAGUAGUGCAUCAUGGUCCAGGUUUAAUAGACAUGCAUGACUUUAGCAGUUCCGAUCCAAAAACUGACAGCAUGCUGGCCUCUAGCCCUGAACCAGUUUAUACCAACUCAGAGCACCCUGAACCAGUUUAUACCAACUCAGAGCAUCCUAAACCAGUUUAUACCAACUUAGAGCACCCUGAACCAGUUUAUAUCAACUCAGAGCACCCUGAACCAGUUUAUACCAACUCAGAGCAUCCUGAACCAGUUUAUACCAACUCAGAGCACCCUGAACCAGUUUAUACCAACUCAGAGCACCCUGAACCAGUUUAUAUCAAUUCAGAGCACCCUGAACCAGUUUAUACCAACUCAGAGCAUCCUGAACCAGUUUAUACCAACUCAGAGCACCCUGAACCAGUUUAUACCAACGCAGAGCACCCUGAACCAGUUUAUACCAACUCAGAGCACCCUGAACCAGUUUAUACCAACUUAGAGCACCCUGAACCAGUUUAUACCAACUCAGAGCACCCUGUACCAGUUUAUACCAAUUCAGAGAACCCCAAAUCAGUCUACAUGAACUCAGAGCAGCACAAACUAGUCCAUGCCAACUCCACGCACCCCAACUUGGUCUAUAGCAACUCUGCACACCUCAAGCCAGUCUAUGCCAACUCUGAGCACCCGGAGUCAGUCUAUACCAACUACAAGUGCUCCGAACAAGUCUAUACCAACUUUGAGCACCCCAAACCAGUUGAUACCAAUUCAGAGCCACCUUCCCCCAGAAAUGCAUCGCUGUGACACAAAUUUACAAGGCUGUUCUACUUAAAAUGAAUGAGUUGGAAAACAUAAAAGAGAUUUUUUCUACAUUUUUUGAAAUGUCUCCCUUUUUGUCAACCAGUUUGGAAUGCCCCGACACUUUCGUAAGUCCACCUCAUCUCUGCUGCCUCCAACAGUGCGCCCAGAGUCAGUCUGCUGCAGGGCUGAGCAACUGUACAGAUGAGGGGCUAGCAAAACGGAGGGAACCCCCUGCUGGUUACAUUGCCCCAGGGGACUCUCAAGCAGUCACAGCUGGUGCUAUGGUGGUCAUGAUCACUUCCAGGUCAUGAGGUGCACAACACACCAUGAACAAGUGCCUCAGGGGAAUGUAUCACCCAGGAGGCCUAAAUUUGCUCAAUUGUGAAAUCCAGCUGCAGUGUGGUACAUUGGAUUAGGGACCAGCAUGCUGUAGGUUCAGACCAGGGCCUCUGCUAUUGCUCUUAGAUGCUUCAGUGGAAUAUCUGCUUGUGGGGACAGAUACUGUGCGAUAAAUAUACACUGUGUUGGUCUCCUAAGAACGUGUAAAUGCCUUUUUCUACCCAAAGUGGAAACCACUUUCAUCCCUUGGAUUUGUAGUUGUUAAAUUUGCUGGCAGGUAAUAGGUUAUUUGGUUGUGGGUUAUAAAUGUACACAGUUAUAAAUAUAGUGGCACACAUUGUUUUACUCACAAAGUAGGCAUUUGCUGUUAAAAUGAAUAAACCCACAUCAUCUAGGACUUAACUAUCUGAGCAGAGAUAAUGUGGUUUCUAUUUUAUUUUGCUUUUUCACUAGCAGUGUGAAGAGGGAAUUACUGUUUCUACUGUUUUUUAGGUCCAGAGUGGGGCAAAUGUUAUAUGCUUUCAUUGAUUUCUUUAAAUGCUUCUAUAAUUAUAAUUCAAAUUUUUUAAAAUCUAUUUUGCUUCCCCAUAGAUUGAGUUGCAAGCAAUAUAUAUGGCCAGUUCUUCAUGUGCUUGUACAAUAAUGUGGGUUCGUCCUUAUCUGCCUCUCUGUAUUGGCUGAGUAAUGGAAAUUCUCAGUGCUGUUGUCCAAAUGUGUUUCAAUGCUUAUUUUUAUGCCCUUGAAACUACACUGCUAAAUACUUAAUAAAAGCAUUAUAGAGAUUUGCAUAAGGGUCAAAGUGAAGUAAAUUUUCCUUUAUGCUAAAAGUGGACGUAGUCAAGAGUAAUUUGCUCAUAUAUAGCUCCAGAGAACCAUGUGCCAGGCAGAAAAAUCCACUGGAGAGCGCUCUAAGACCAUUUCAGUCCUCCAAUACCGCUUAAACCAUAUUUGUGUUUUGAUAAAAUUUCUUAGUUGUUUUGAAUUUAAGAUAUUUCAUUUUGCAUUUUAAAAUACUAUCACUGAUUUGUCUGAUAGUAAUAACAAAAAUACAACUGUACGCAACAAUUUCAGUGGCUAAGUAACAGCAAAUACUCUGGUGAGCUGAAAAUAAGAAGAAAAACAGUCUGGACAUAUUUAAUUAAUUACCUGCGAGCUUUAAUGUAUUUAUGUUGCAACAUAUUUGGAAACAUGAAUUAAUACUCCCCCUGACUGGGAUUUUAUUUUAUGAGGCAACUGAUACAUGUUCGCAUUGCUUAACUGUAAAAGUGUUUUUGUAUGUAGCGAGCUAACAACCAUUUCAGUAAGGAUUUUCAGUGUUGUUAAUGCUGAUUACAUGCUGUUGUGUGCCUACAUCCUUUGUUUCCUACAAAAAGGAGCUUUAAUCAGUGAUAGUGAUCAUUUAGCAAAGAUCAUUUUUAGUAAUAAGCUGUAUAUACCUUAGCUUUUCAUUCCAUAUUCUAUAUUUAUAUUAUACAUAUGUACAUACACCUUACUGCACUUUACUGCUUCUUUUGCACUUCUGGUUAGAUGCUAACUGCAUUUUGUUGUCU